UCCAAAGCGCGCGCCCGUCAGUGGAGGAGAAGAGAGGACAGAAGGCGGCACAAAGACAAAUAAAAACCAAUUGACCGAUUAUUCUGAGAACUGUCACACAAAACCCAGUCGAGAUGUCAGAGGAAAAGCCAAAGGAGGGAGUAAAGACUGAGAAUGAUCACAUCAACCUCAAGGUUGCGGGGCAAGAUGGGUCGGUGGUCCAAUUCAAAAUCAAAAGACACACACCACUCAGCAAACUAAUGAAGGCGUACUGUGAACGACAGGGUCUCUCAAUAAGGCAGAUCAGGUUCAGGUUUGAUGGCCAGCCUAUCAAUGAGACGGAUACACCUGCACAGCUGGAGAUGGAAGAUGAAGACACCAUAGAUGUUUUCCAGCAGCAGACGGGUGGGCACUGCUAAGUCCUCCACACCUCAAUGACGGUCGCCCUCAGACCACGCCCUCAGCCACCUUCACUGUCCCUCCCCUCGUCAUUGCUCCUCUCAGCCUAUUAUUAUUAUUAUUAUUAUUAUUAUUAUUAUUAUUAUUAUUGUUAUUGUUAUUGUUAUUAUUGUCAUCCUCAUUAUUUCUUCAGUUUCAAGUUGUCUGUCAUGGUUUUUCGUCAGGUGUGUGUGUGUGUGUGGGGGGGGGGCCUCCUCAGCUGUUUAUGUACUGUCUCAGCCAGGACUGAACUCUUGUGCGUGUAAACAGUCUCUCUGCUGGCCAAUCAGGACAACAUUUUCCUUCUGGCACUGCAGGCUGUGAUUGGACCAACAGCGCGCCACAGCUGCUCCUGGUUUGUCAGUGCUUCUCAUUCACUAUCCAGUGAAAGCUUAGUAUCCAGUAGUUUGUCACGGUUUUCAUCCCGCGCAGUCGAAUGCGGGGCUCUGCAAGUUUUUGUCCAGGGGUUACAGUCAGUGGGCAUGAAAAUGUUUUUGAAGUGGAAGCACUAUCUGAACUUAAUACACACCCGCCUUCCAUUUCCCUUCGCUCCCUUUUGUGGGUUUUUUUUUCUUCUUCUUUUCUUUUCUGAACAGUGACUCCUGCUCUUCUGUGAAAAAUGUAUUUUAAUUCUUUCUGCCUUUUAGGUGCUUUUGCUAAAGAGUUCUGCAAUGUUUUUGUGUUUUUGUUUUUUCUUUUAAGAAUUAACACCCAAGGGGCUUUUUUUUUUUUUUUUUUUUUUUCUUUUUUUUUCUUUUUGCUUGUACAGAAGUGUCAGAGAUGAUGUAGAUAAAUGUUGUGGGGCUUGGACCAAUACUCCAAAGACCGAACUUCUGUUUAAUAUUUGCUGUACUUGGAUAACUCUAAAAGCAAACCUGCGAGGUCAAAACUGUCAGAUUUUAAGGGAGUUUGUUUUUCAUUAAUGUUAUUUGCUUCUUCUUUGACUGCUACUAAUUGCAAAAAGAUUCUUUCGAGGUAUCUGUGGUACAGACUAAUAUUCAGUCAUCCAGACAAAUGCCUGCUUUAGGGGAGGGAAAUUUUAAUUUACACCACAGAGGUGCAUCCUCAGUCGGAGUUGGUUGGGGUCUGGCUGUGUAAGGAUGUGGAAUCUUGAUGUGAAUACAUAACCUUUUGUUUUCUUUCCCUAUUUUCUUAAGAAGCGAGCCAGUGAGCAGUCCCUAUGGUAUACUUAUAAGCUGUUCUGCUUGUGGGUUUUCAGGGUGGGCUGUGGGUGGGAGUGACUAGGAGAUUGUUCCCUCAGUGCUGUUUUGGGGUCACCUGUCUCAUUUCUGCAUUGUCCUUGCAAAUGUAGGCUGUUGGGACAAUUGAUUCUACAUGUGCUUUGAAGAGAAGCAGCCUCCAGUUUGAGCAAGGAUAUCCAACAAAAUUAACGGCAGUUUUGAAAACAGUUAAGAUAUCUCAGUGGUGAUGAAUGUCUCCAAUAUUUUGCAGUUAGGAGAAGGAUGCAUGCUGUUUGUUGCAUAUCCGUAUGGCAGGGAGGUUAACCAAUUGAGUUUGGGAGAUAAGCGUUCUGUACCCACAGGGCCCCGUUCUUCGUACAUGGAUAACUAAGUUGGCUUGAUUUGAAUGUUGAUGGUCUGACAUGAGCUUAGAUUUUUCAGCUCUUUCAGGAUCAAAAUGAGUUAGUCCUUGAGCUCUAAACCUGCUGAAAUACAAGCUUCUUCAGAGUGAGCUAGGUCAUGACAACCCUUUUAACUUUACCAAUUUUAAUUUAUUUUCAGAUAAGGCUGCACCAUUAGGUGGCACCAAUCGAUCAGUAUUGUUGCAUCUGAAUAGGUUUUAAGUUAAGUAGUCAUACAUACUGAAAUGUACAAUAAAUAAAACCAGUGCAAUUUAGACAGGAAAAAAAUCAAAAUGUUGUUUGGUGCAUUAUGAACCAGAGCAAAUGACAGUUUGAAGUUGUGUAUAUGGUUAACCAUUGUUAUGCAGACAUUUGGAAUACAGAUUCAAUUCUUGUCUUGAGGCGGCAGUAUUUGAGGAAUUCUUAACUGGCUUUGUGAAUUUCACAUGUUUUAGUCUCCCUUAAUCUUUCAGAUAUGUUCCCAUAUCCCUAAAUGUAGUUUGUUGUAGUUUAGUCACACUAGAAAGAUGCUGUAAUUUUUAAAAAGUAAUUAAACUGUAGUCUACAUCACGUUUUACAGCUGUAUUUUUGUAUGUAUUCUAUAUAGUAAAAACAUUAGUCAGUGCCAGUACUCAAACAUUUUUUAAUGAAUAUAUGAAAGAAAAAUUGUUAAAAGGUUUCAUUCUACUACUAUCUGCUGUUUUGAAGUAUUCACUGCUGUCCCCUCAUUUGUGUGGUACAGAGACUUGCUAAAUCUGUGUGUAUUUACUAUUAUAGAUAUGCCUCUGCACAAGCCAAUCAAAAGUAAUGAUCAUGGUAUCAGCUUUCCUCUCUUACAAAAUAAGAGCACAGUUAUCGCAACAAACAAAUCAGCCUUCCAUUUGCAUCUGAAGAACCAAGUUAGCUGGACAAAGAUCUUUUGAGCUGGCUAACAUUAGGUUAAACUUUGUAAUGUACAAAGAACGGGGCCCAGGUCUAGUCAUGUUAUUUGUUUCUCUACUGAUUUGUACAUUAUUUGUGGUCUUUUACUACUGUAUACAAUAAAUAUAGUUUGGUACUCAGA